CCAAUCGGACACCUCCUCUCCGGAUCGGCCGCCGUGCGAGUUCGUGCAAGUGGUACAUGUGUUUCGUCGCGUUUUUCCACUGUUAACCCAUUGCCGUAUCGCUCUCUCUUCAUCCGAAACCGUUGUCCACAUCGCUGCUGUCGUCGCCGUCUCCGCAUCGCGCUGUGCUCGUGAAUUUUUACGCGCCCGACCGAAUCACACGUUCAUCGCUCCCGAUCCCCGUCGGCCCCGUCUACUCCAAACGUCAGAGCUCCACGCACACUAAUCAUGGCUGAUUUGGAUAAUUUUUUCGCGAAGAAAGACCGCAAGAAAUCCAAUAAAGGCAAGAAAUUCUCUACCUCUUCGGACAAUGUGACCACCUCUCAGGAAGAAUUGCAGAAGAAACAAGAUAAACAAAAGAAGGAAAGAGCUCUAAUCCAAAGUAAUUACUCAAAUGAAAACAACGAAAACAAAUCUUCCACGAAGCUGGAAGAAGAAUGGAAUGAAUAUCAAGAAGAAAUAAAAGACUAUACAACACUUAAAAUUCAAAAUUUAACUACUGAUUCUCCUUAUUAUUCUGAUAAUAAUGAUAAAGAAGAUGAUGUUGAAUUUGAAGAAAAUGAAGCAGGAGAAAUGGUGCCAAAACGAAAAAAUCCAGGACCGUGGAAAGUACAUGAACCUGAACCCACUCCACCUACAAAUGCUCCAGAACCAGUAGUUGAAGAAAAAAAAGAAGUUAAGAAAAAUGCUUAUGUUCCACCAGCUCAUAGAAAUAAUUUCCAAGGAGGACCUAGAAGUGCACCAAGAAGUAAAACUAGUUUAGAUGUUAAAGAUGAAGAUAUGUUUCCAACUUUACAAGGCAAUAAUACAGUAAAAAGAUCAGUUGCUCCUGCAGCUAAGAAGGUUGAAACUCCAGUGUGGUCAAAGUAUCAAUGAUCGUAACUUCAAUCGUCUUGCACAUAAAUAUUAUCAUGCUUAAACAAAUUUAAAUAAAAUAAAAUAUUUAAAUUAUUAUUUAGAAAAA